UGGAGGUGUUGGUCUCCUUGUGUUGGUAGCGCAAUGCAGCAGUAGGCGCGGCGACAGCGAGCGGGAGGCAGCACGGCAGGCGGCGGCACACACCACAGAGCCAAAAUGCUUGAGGUGACGAACAUACGCGGUGGUGAGGUCGUGCCCCACCAGCUGUGUCUCCUGCGCAUCGCGGGGGCACAGAAAGAGGCCACCUGUGCUGCCAUACACAACCAGAGCGACCACACCAGGAACGGCACGCUCUGGAAGAUAUAUCAUGGAGGCUUCAAUGCGUUAAUCCCUCUCGUCCCCGGCAAAAAUGACCUCAGAAUAAUAUGUGGCACAGAGGAAACCACGAUACAGAUCAUCCACAAGCCGCUGGACAUUCCACGCUACAUCCGGCUGGUGUACAUCACAUGCAUCAACGAGGAGAAGUUUCAGGGCCCCAAGGAUAUGGACUGCUCGCCAAACACCGCCGUUAGGAAAAUACAAACCGGAGUCUUGACACUGCAGGCCUUCGUGGCGGAAACCCUCGCCGCUGAAGGCCUAGGCCGCAGAACAUUCCGCUUUGAGCUAGACACUAAAGGCAACCCAAUCGUCCACGUGGUACAGCUCCCCAUAACGAUCCGAGAAUGUCACAAGUUUACUGAGGAGAGAUUAUGGGAAACCGCAGCGCUGCACAUCCUCUCGUCUCAUCUUGCUGACAAGAACUGCAAGUACGUCGCGUUCUUCGGUGGCACGAGAUUCGUGAACCAGGAGAAAGUGAACAUCAAGACUGAGGCGGAGACUAUGGCCCUCACCAAAGGCCACGUGUCCCUAGGUGGGGGUGGCCUGGCACUUGUGGGUACCGGCGCUCUCUACUCCUGGGCUACGGAUGUGGACGAUGUGAUUGAUGCCAUGAGGAACACCAAUCCCAUUGACACUAAUAGCCUGAUGGACUUUAGCGGGGGAAGAGGUACUUGGGGCGCCUGCUAUGGGACUCACCUUGGCUCUGUGAUGCACGAGCUGGCCCACACCCUCGACCUGGGCCACACUCCGCACGGCAUCAUGGCUCGGGGCUUUGAGGACCUGCACGUCUUCUUCACCUCCACCAGGCUCACUUCUGAUUACCUGCCUCAGUCGCCCCACCACAGCUCUGUAAUGCGUCAGUCCAUGUCCAGCUCCCUCAUCAAGGAGUCCAUCACCUUCACCACUGACUUUGUGCCCAAGAUCCCCCUUGACAAUAUCAACAUGACGGUGGAGCCGCCCAAGGAGCCGCUAGCCUCCAGUGGUGUCUACAGUCCCCCAGUCUUCACCCGGAGGUACCCCAACAAGUCCUUCAAUGCAAACUCUGGCUCGGCAUCGCCUCUCACCAUCGAGGAGUCGGAGCUGUCGCCGCCCAACCAGAAGUCAGCGUGCAGUCGUCCCCUCCUGAACACUCCCUCGCCUAACAUUGGCUCGAGUCUCCUGAACAAUAACCGUAAUCAAGACCAUGAUGGUAGCAAGUGCCGAGCCUUCUGGGCGCGAUCCAGUGCAGUUCUUCUUGCUUUCCAUAAGUGGCUCAACUCUGUGACAGACAGUGACAGUCCUGAACUAAAAGGGUCUGUGGUGUGCAGCACGGCCGGGAUACGCAUUGUGGAGCUCCGGGACCUGCACACCAUGGCCUUCCACCACUGGGAGUUUGUGACACGGCCACCGCCUCCCGUGGUGCACCUCCCCUGGGCGCAGGUCCCCCACUGGCCCUCCGACACACACAUUGAGGUGGUGGCCGAGGACACUCAAGGCAACCUGCUCAAGGGCUGCUUCAUGCCCAGGCCACUCUAAGUCAUUCCUUGUGGAGCUGUGGAAAACAAACGUAAGUGAUGAGCCAUAACUGUUUUUAAUCUUAGUCUCAGCAACCAGAAAUAUCACAUUGCUCUAAUAUCACAUUACUACGAGCUUUUGCAUGUGACGGCAGAAAACUAGGCUUGCAAUACUUACUCCCGUGUGAUAACUAUACCUCAUGUAAUGGAUGCAGCUUAUCUUACCAGCCAUGAAGAGCCAGAAAAGCUGAAGAAAAUGUGGGAUGUUUCCCAUUGAUCUGUUUACAGCCAACAAAAGCACAGACUCUCCAGCUAUACUGAAGUUCAGAAAAGUCAAAGAAAAUUAUUCCUUUAUUAUUUAUAUGUGUACAGUCAACAAGAAAACUAUUAUUUAUUAUUGUCUUAUCUAAUAUUUAUCAAUGUCUAUUAUUUCCUUGUAUACUGGUUACAUCUCAUUAGGGAUUUAGCUGUUAUGAAAAGCCAAAGAUAAUUCAUCUUUUACUGUUUAUAUAUAUGAAAUCAAAAAGAAAAUUAUUAGAGGCUAACGAGUCUGCUAGAGGCCAGUACUCUUCUCAAAUGGCUUAGGCAGAAUGUUGAUUAUAUGUCAUCUUCCACACACUCCAUGCCUCCCAGCAGAGCAUAGCUGAAGUGUUUAGUGAGGACAGACACAUGUAUAAUGCUGCUGACAAACAUAGUUGCCUUUUACAGUUGGCUACUCCAUGCAAAGUCAGCUAAACUCCAUUCAAAAAGAACUCACUUAACUACUUUAAUUUUCCUUAUGAUAAUGCUCUCAUUAGUGUCUCCUCUAUGGAAAAUCACACUUUGGUUUCACUAGUGACACUAUAAAAGGCUCUGCCAUGCUUUGUAAUGAAAAUACUGCAUUACUUGUGUUUGAGAGCAGUGAGGGUGUGCAUCUCUUUGUGUGUUAGCAAUAAGUUCACAGAUGAAAGGUUAGAAUGGUGAAGAAAUUUAUGUAUGUACAUUUAAAUGUUGUUAAGAAUGAGUUUCAAGCAUGAAGAUAAAUAGAAAGUAGGGUAGUACAUAAAAAUAAAGUUGCCUGGGCUGUGGAAAGGCUGAUGAGUAAAUGAAUACAUGCAGUAGAGUUCUGAAUUGCACAAGAUCAAAUAGCAGGAGUCACAAGUAAUGGGAGAUGCAAAAUAUUCAACCAAUAUUUAUCUGAUUUUGCAAGUAGGUCUCAAAUAAUGCAAACUGCAAACCAAAAUGAAUGAAAUUUGACAAAAAAAAAUUACAUGAAUGAUAAUUGUGUGGUAGGCCCUGUGGUUGCAUAUAUUGAAUAGCAAAAAUUCUAAUAGUGCAAAUGCAAGUAUUUACCAAUAUCUUGUGACAUUUUGGACUCUGCUGUGCCCGGAGAGAAAUGAGUGUGUCUAGGCAUCAAAAAAUUAGUGUAUCCCAGUAAUUUCUAGUCUCAAUAUUGUUAGAAUAAUUGUGUAACCUAAAUUUACAAAAAAAGAUGAAUUGAUAUCAAAACUACUUUGCCCGAGUUAUGUUUGAAACAAGGUAAAAAAUUAAACAAAACAAAUAUAUAUUGUUUUCAAUUAGAGAAAAAGAACUUUGAAUUCAGAAAACAAGAACAAAUUGAGUCAGCAAAGAUUCUACUUAAAAUAUUAAGAUUGAAACAACAUCAUGACGUCAAUUUGAUCUUUUAUAUAUAUGAGAAAAAAAUUACCUUGAAUUUAUGAAGGUAGAAGUGUGGUAAUCAAUUCUACCAUUCUAGGGUUAUGGUAGAAGUAAGGUUAAGAACUGAGUCACCCAUUGGACAAAUGCAAAUCAGGUGUUUGUGAAAUAAUGAAGAAGAUUAUUUUGACUGAAGUGCAAGAGCAAUUGAAAUCAGACUAUCAUGGAAAGAUUCAAUUUUAAGUAAAGGCAAAAAUCAUCAUGCAAGGAUUGUACUUAAAGUGAGGUCAACUAUGAAACAAUUAGAAAAGUGUGGAUGAGGUAUCUUAUAGGAGAAGAAAAAUAUCUGUGGUUCUCGGCCAUAUAAUAAUAAUAGGUUAGAAGGUAUUAAUGAAAGGCUAACUGUGAAAUAGAAAAGUGUGGAUCAGAUACGUUAUGAGAAGAGAAGGUAGAUAACUUGUGCUCCUCAGCCAGAGAGUAAAAGUAUCAAUGAUAAGUAAAAACUGCAUUUGAAGUAAGACUGAAAUAAAAUAAUUGAUAAGACAAAUGUGGAAGGGUAUUUAGAGCAGAGGAGAAAGCUAUCACCUGGGACUCAUAAAGCAAGAAGUAUUAAGUAAACAACCAUGCAAAGAUCUGAUUUAAAGUACAAGUUUGAGUAGGAGGAGAACGGAAGCACAGAUUUAUCGAGGGGACUGUAUUCCUGACUAGCUCUGUUUAAGUUUUAGUCAGGGGGAUGGGGAUUGAAAAUUAAACAGUUUGAAUAUGAAUAGAGGUAAAGCAGAACAUUACAAUUUUAGCCAAAGAGUUAGAGGAUCAAUACUAGUAAGAUCGUAUUUGAAGUCGUUCCACCUAAAACUUAUUGAAGUGACUGAAAAUUAAACUGUUUGGAUAUGAAUAGAGGUAAAGCAGGACAUUACAGUUUUAGCCAAAGAGUUAGAGUAUCAAUAAUAGUAAGACUGUAUUUGAAGUAGUUUUGUCGAAAACUUCUUUAAGUGAUGGAAAAUGAAACUGUUUGACACUUUUUUGUAUAAGACAUUAUAUAAACAGAGGUGAAGCAGAACAUUGCAGUUUAGCCAAAGAGUAAGAGUAUCAAUAAUCAUAAGAUUGUAUUUGAAGUAAAGUUAAGAAUGUAAGUGAGAGAUUUUCAAAGGUGUGUGUGUUGAGGGCAGCACUGUACAUAUUGGUUCCCCUGCCUGGAGUAAGUGAAUAAGUAAGGCCCGCCCGAAAUUGACCUCUCUUUUGGCCACUCUUUACUUUUUUCUUUUGUGGGAGCAGCAAUUAGUGGGCUUUGUUUUCUACACUUUAUUUUUGUUGCCCCUUGAGCUGCUUCCUUUCCUGUAAAAAAAAUAUAUAUAUUCUCAAACAUUUCCAGGCAUACACCCCGACACUUAAUAAGGCUUUUGUGGAGGUUGUGUCAGUAUUUCCAUGGGUAGUUUUAUGAGCUUGGUGGCAGCUUGACUUGGCCUUUGCACCGUGAAUGUGAAAAACACUCAUGAGAACCCGACUAACCUCCUUUGUGGCCUUUGGAAAUAUUUGUUGUGAUUGCUGAAAACGUCUGAGAAUGUGGGCGUUAACCUUAGACAGAGUGACCAAUGAGUACAGUUCUUCCCUCUAUAUAGAAACAUCCUUGAAAGUCCCUCACAAGACAAGUAUGGAUGACGUGUUUAUAACUAGAAAAGAAAUGUAACCUUUCAUAGCCAAAGAGUAAACCUGAUUCAGUUAUUAUAGAUAAGGUGUGUGCAAGUGAAAGUAAAGGUAAGAUAACAUACUAAAAGAUUGAUGGGAUAUUGAGAGAAGUGGUAUUAUUGUAUAGGAGGCAAUGGCUGUGUCGCAAAUAUGGUGAAUGGAUUGUGAAACUGGCAAUUAAGUUCAGCCAUUUCUCAGUCUAGAAAUUAGUGAAGCGAGUAUUAGCAUCAUUGACCGAACCUUCCUGCAAUUCAGAGUGUGUCACUGAAAGCCACUCUCUUCCCAUUUCUUUGGGGGCUCAUACUUGUGUCCUGCCCCUGGUUAGCAAAUACUGAUUCACAUAAGACAAAUUCAAGUCCCUUUCUACUCCCUUUGUUAUCUUCUGGAAAUUGAGUUCUCAGGGAAAGGAGAGGUUCCCAUUCUUCCAGCCUUGUCCCUUCAGCUACAAGGCACACAGAGACAUUCGUUCUGAAGUAACAUGUCUAAAGAUAUUAAUCACGACUAAUUGAGCAGUAAAUACAAAAUACUCAAUGAUAUUCUAUUAUUUAAUACAUGUAAGAUUUUUUUCUAAUUGAUAUGUCGAAUUUUUAAUGUGAUAUGAAGGUCAGCCCAUUAGUAUUUCAUGUUUUUUGUGUCUGAAAUGUGACUGCAAUUUCAAGUGGAUAGUCCAUUUUGUUAUGAAUAUAAAUUAAAAAAAUAGGUAAUUAUUAUAUAGUUAGUGUGCUGGCAGCUGGUGUGUAAAACAUUUGUGCCAGUGGCCUGUGCUGUAUGCAUGAAAUACUCACUGAUUGUCAAGGUAGCAAAAACUUAGUGUUAUAUUCCUGGAUAAGAAAUUGUUAAAGUUUUAAUUAGUAAUACUUUUGUUUCCAUUUCAAGUGUUGUGGAAAUGCUAAAAAACAAAUAGUCACAAGUUGAUUACAAAUGAGACAAAUAAUGAUUGCAAAUCAAGCUUAUAAUAAUAAGAAAAUCCAGCAUUCAUAGUUAAGGAAAGAAUAUUGAUUCACCAUUUUUUUUUUUUUCACCCAUGUCACUUCAGGCAGCUCAUACUUAAACACACUAGACACUAGAGUUAUAUUCCAAAAGUCUUACCACUCUCCUCUCCUCCACACUACAGUUUUGUUGAAGCAAUAAGAUUUUUCAUUAAAAACUACAAGUACAGUUGUAGCACUACAACUGGUGAAAAAUUAAACAAUGGUAAUAGAAAAAAGGUUAAUCUUUAUGGAUAAAGUUAAAGAAUGUGUUAACAAGACCAGAACAGGCAUAACCAAUAUAAAGUAAUGGCACAGACGAAUAGUUAGUAAUACAACCGAGAAAAAUUUCUGCAGAAGUAACAUAGUGGUAAUAAAAAAUGCUUAAACACACUUCAAAUGAUACAACAGGCAUCAGUAAAACAUAUAAAUGAAACACACACAUUCCUAAAGUUCAUAAAGUUUAGAGGAAGCAAAACUCAAAUCUUGAUCAAAAUAAUUGUAAGAGGCAGAAUUAUGAGGAUAGGGAAGGCAGGGAGUGGCACAGAAAAGGUUCAAGAAGCCAAGGUGUUGUCAGUUAGGUGAAGGCACUGAUGAUGAUGAUGAGUGUGUGUGUGUGUGUGUGUGUGUGUGUUCGUACCUAUUAGAGUUUUCACAGGGUUUAGUUAAGGUCACAUUAUACGGUAUUUUAACUAGUUUUUAACAUGUAAAUUAUAUAGUGAAUUCUUUCCUUCUUUUGACACAAGCAUUCAGUUUAGUAAAGCAUUCCAUCUGUUGAGUUAUUUGUAUUGUGUGUGUGUGUGUGUGUGUGUGUGUGUGAGUGUGCGUGCGUGCGUGCGUGUGCUGUAUAGGUAUUAUAACAUUGCAUCAUUUCCGUGCACAAGACUCAAGUCAUAAACAGAUACAGCCGAGAAUAUUAUCAUUGUUCUACUUUUUUAUUCUAUGCUUUUAAAAGUAGGUUAUAUUUCUCUUUACUAGCUUUAUUUAUUUGUAUUUAUUUAUUUAUUUAUUUAUCUAUUUCUUUAGCGUUUAAGGCAGCAAAUGAUCUGAAAAUCUUGUGUUCAUAGCGAAUUAGCUUUAACGGUACCUAAGUUUUAAAAGUGCCUCCGUGUAGACAAUGUGAUAGCUUACAGUUCACAUUCACUCGUAUCAAGAUUUCUGAAUAUGCAAUGACAGACUUUAGCAAAACAGUAUCAGGGUAUGCUUGCUAAUUUGUACACACCCUUUUUAAGCAGAACUCAAGAAGGAAACCACUGUGGAAAACUGAUCUGUGGCGUACAAAUCCAUUAUUUCCAGAUUGAUAAACAUAUAUACUGUACCUCAGCUCAGUUUUCCAGGAGUAAUGUUUUUUUGGCAUUAUUAUUAUUAUUAUUAUUAUUAUUAUUAUUAUUAUUAUUAUUAUUAUUAUUAUUAUUAUUAUUAUUAUUAUUAUUAUUGAGAUCAUGAAAGGGCAUCCAGGGAAAGUUAAAAAUUGUUAUAGACCCAAACAAAGCCCCCUCAAUGAGCAAACUUGGAUAUGGAGAACUAGACAGUGACAUUAUAGUAAGAAUAAUAAUAAGCAAAUAAAGGGGGUGGGGACUAAGACUACAUGACAUUUAUGAGCAUUGAUUGAAUUGGUGGUGAGGCAGUGGUGGUCUUGUGGGGUAGAGCGUCGAGCCAUGGUAGUGAAGAGGGUGAGGCGGUCCUGACCCCAGUGCAGGAAAAGGGCAUCUAAUCUUAGAACUGAGCCACAACUUAAAAAAAUAAAUGAAAUAAAUAAAUAAAAAAUCGGCGACCCCCGCCCCAUUCUACUUUGCGAUAACAAUGCUGAAAAGAAGAAGAAGAAGAAGAAGAAGAAAAAGAUGGAAAAGAAAAAGAAAUAGAAAAAGAAGAAGUAGGUGAAGAAAAAUAAUAAUAGUAAUAAUAAUAAUAAUAAUAAUAAUAAUAAGAAGAAGAAGAAGAAGAAGAGGGGGCUGAAUGAAAUGGUGUGCAUGAGUUAGUGGACAUACCCUACUCACAUUAUCUGUAAAACAGUCGGUAAACAUGUAUUCAUUAGUGCGUGAGAAGAGUGAAAAAAAUACUCAGCUUUUUAGCUUGGCCCACACUGUAUAUUUUGUGAUACUCAGACAAAGUGUAAGGUAUGUGAGCCACUCUGUACAGGCUUGUUUCAAGUAGCAUUCAUGGCAGGGAACGAACUACUCUGAAGAAUUGAGUUGAGAUAUAGAGCCGUAUUACAAGUUGAAUCCUAGUAGUUUUGAGUCCCUACAGAGUUAUUCAUCCCGAACUCUGUAGGGACCCAAAACUUCUUGGAUGUGACUUGUAAUAUGGCCCCUAAAAAUGAACUGCCAUCAAAGUAAUGAAGUUUUCUUGGUCUUUAUACUGGCAAGUUUAUUUUUUAGCAGCGAAGUUUUCCAGCAUUUAGUUUUCCCUGAUGUGAAUGUUAAUUGAAAGUCUGUAUAAACUGGCAGACAUUCCCUAUUUAUUAUGAUUCUUAUUAGCAUCCAAACUAUAAUAGUAUAGAUAAAAAAUGCUUGCUCUCAUCAGCAAACAUCCUGUAAAAUAUGAUAAAUUAACCUGAUUUUGUGAUACCACGCAGGUACAGAAUGGAGGCCUCCAUAGAUGUAUCUGUUACAAUUUCUUUUUAGCAUUCAAAAUAUUAUAUAAACCCAGUUUGCUCUGCUUUAUCAGCAAACAUCUUUUAAAAACAUGAUAAAUCUACUUAGUUUGUCGAUUAUAUCAUUAGUAUUAGAUUAGAGGGAGCAUAUUAUUUGUACAAAUAUAUUUUGAGCUGUAUGAGCAAUAUUGUUGCAGAACUUGUGAGAUGCCUUACACUCAUUACCUCUUAGAGAUAACUGUGUGGAUUGCUUCCUGUUGUUGUGUAGUGUGUAUGUAGGACGUAAACACUUCCAUGUAUUGGCAGACCCUAGGAAAUUAUUGUUUGUAAGUAUGUGUGUGUGUGUGUGUAGUAUCCAUCCACCACCCUCUCCCUGAACACUGUAAGUCAUCCAUAAGAUCUAUAAGGAAAUCAAUCCAUCCAAAAAGUGUUGCAUCACCAGAAAAUGACAAUAACCUUCCCAAACACUCCGAGAAGUGAGAAUGACAGUUCUUUUUAGGGUGUUUACUGCUGAGAAUAAAUAUCUGUUGAAUUCACAAAAUUUAUGUUCAAAUAAAUAAUUUUUGUUGCAUAA